GUGAUACUGCAACCCGAACAUUCCAACGCCCCGAGCAAAUCACCUUGAGCCCCGCAAUGGUGCACCUCAGCCUCUGGCGCCCGAGCCCUGCCGAUGAGCGACGCGUCAAGCAGGAGGGAUCUAGGAGCAGCUGGAACUACGCACGUGACCUCGUAGGGAAGACCAGGGAGCCCGCCGCCGUUCAGGCGCUCGCAAAACAGGGCUGGAUCAUUGACUCGGUCAGCGUCAAGGUUGGCGAGGGCGAGAAGGCGUACAAAGCUGCGCGGGCGUGCCUGCAGCGCUGGGGCCAUUUCCAGCUGGGUUGGUCAAAUGUGGACCCUCACACUGGCGUGUCGGAGGGUACAGUGCUGGCCGUAACAUCUAAAACCCUGUUCCUGUGGAACUGCAACCCGCUUCGCAUUGUGUACAACCAGCAGCAGGAGCCGCCGAAGCUCCGGCUUCCCUGGGCGCCGCGUCCCGCCCAGAGCUUCCGCUUCGCUCACGGCUGCCUGGACGGGCACAUGCUGACUGGCGAGGAGAGCUUCAGUGUGGAGAUGCGGCCAGACGGCAGCGUGUGGUAUGACAUCCUGACGUUCUCCAGGCCGCUGCACCCGCUGGCAGUUGGUUUCUUCCCACUCACGCGCUUCUUCCAGCAUAAGUUUGGACAGGAGUCGGCUUCGGCCAUGGCCAGGGCUGUGCGCGAGCAGACGGCUGGCACUGCGCCGUCAAAGUGAGGCCUAGGUAACCGGGUCGUGUUCUACGCCGGCACAGUCCGGGUGGAGGCUGACAACUAAUGGAAGUGGCACAGCAGUGACGUUGAUGCAUACUUGCGUCUCCGGACAGGAAUUUAUGGGGCCACAUGAAAUGAUGUAAAUGCUCAUGCUCGGGGUAUCACGUUGCGGGCCAUGAAUUGCGGUGCUAGGCAGUAUGACUUGCUAUGGUGUGUGGAAAGCAGGGGGAAGCCUUUUCAGUUUAUCAGUUGCUGAGCUUAUGUGGGUGAUAGGCUGCACACUGUGUGUCAUCUGCUCACCUGAUUGCUGGUUGCACGGUUGAGUUUGCGCGCAAGGCACUCGCAAAGGUACGGCUUGCUAGAGAGUAUCGAACACAGCACAUGAGCGGAGAGGUGUGAGAGACCCAGGUGUUCUGGCUGUUUUGAGAGCUGGCGACCGCCGCGCUCUGUGGUACUGACUAAUCGACCGAAGAGAGCACAGUUUUGUCAACCAAGCACAGUAGUCCUGAAUAACGGAAGGUUGCCGUAUGGUUACACGCCAUAUUCUUAAGGCCGGGGGACUGGUGCACUGAACCAGGGUGGCCAGUGGCGGGUAGGGUUAUUCAGUUUCAUUGUGUGUGGAGCUGGUGGCAAGGUGGCGGUGCCGGUGGCGGUGGCGGUGGUAUUGAUAAUGGGGCGGAGCAAGUGGACGGAGUAGGAAGAGAAGGAGCGGACGAGCGGUUCCCGACUGCACAUCAUGCCGUUCGGGCGCAAGCCCAUGGUGUGAGGAGCUGACAGACCUGCGUUCAGCGCUAGCCCUCUCCCACUGUUCCGGCCAUCGCCUGUACGAAGCGUGUGCCAAACACAUUGCUGCUGCGUAUAUAUACGAGCUUUCGUAGUUUGGCAGGUACCAGUGGAUGACCGGUGCUCAUGUGCGUAAGUCUGGGAUGGCAGCGUAGUACCCGCAUCGGACGCUGGUGAGAAGCAGUGAAGCACCUGUAGCUCCGCCAGCCCCAAUGCCAUGAGCACAAGCAGGGCUUGCAUCUUCGGGAAGCGGCAAGGACUUGCCCUCAAUAUAGGCCCUCA